UGGUUGGUUACAGGGUAGGCAGGCCAUUUGUCAGAAGCCAUUGCCAAGAAGGGCAAUUUCUAAGCACGCAGAGUGGCAUGUAAGUCGGACGAGUUGCUGCUGAUCUCUCCCAAGUCUAAUUCCGAUUAGCCAGAUGACGGAGAGAGCCAAUGAAGGCGGCAAAUGAUCCCGUUUCUGAGGUCAUAAUGAGAACCAAGAGAUGCUCAAUACCAUUUAGGAGACGUCAAAAGGCUAAAUAAGAGCCCUCGUGCUAAAUGAUUGUCGAAUAUGUCCCUCCUCGCUUCCAACUCACCUUUGCCAAUCUUCAGGCUUUGGACCGACAACUCAACCCGCAGAAACUAAUGGCCACCAACGUCCUCGUCCUGGGCGCCGGCGAGCUUGGCCUGGCCGUGCUGGAGGCGCUCGCCAGACACCCCAAGCGCAACCACUGCAGCAUCACCGUCGCGCUGCGCCAGGCCACGCUGGACUCUGCCGCGCCGGACAAGAAGAGGCUGUUACAGCAUAUCAGGGCGCUGGACGUGGGCUUCGAGGCCGCCGACGUGGAGCAGGCCUCUGCAUCGGAGCUCGCCGCCAUCUUUGCCAGAUACGACACGGUUGUGUCCUGCACAGGCAUGGGCUUGCCGGCCGGCACGCAGACCAAGCUGGCCCGGGCCGCGCUCGAGGCCAACGCGGACGCCCGCGUGCGAUACCUGCCGUGGCAGUUUGGCAUGGACUACGACGCCAUCGGCGCGGGCAGCUCGCAGGACCUGUUCGACGAGCAGCUGGGCGUGCGGGCGAUGCUGCGGCAGCAGGACGCCGCGGACUGGACCAUCGUGUCGACGGGCCUCUUCAUGAGCUUCCUCUUCGUGCCCGACUUUGGCGUCGUCGACCUCGCGGCCAGGACGGUGCGCGGCCUCGGCUCGUGGGACACGCGCAUCACGCUGACCACGCCCGAGGACAUUGGCCGGGCGACGGCCGAGGUGGUGCUGGACCCGCGCGGCAUCCGCAACCAGUGCGUCUACGUGGCCGGCGACACGCUCUCGUACGCGCAGGUGGGCGAUCUGCUGGACGGCCGCUUUGGCACGCGGUUCCGGCGCGAGCUUUGGGAUGCCGACGAGCUGGCGAGGCAGAUGCGCGAGAAUCCGGACAGCGCCAUGGUCAAGUACAGGGAUACGUUUGCGCAGGGCAGGGGGGUUGCUUGGGGGCAGGAGAAGACGCUGAACAGGGCGCGGGGGAUGGAGAUGACGGACGUGAAGGCGUAUCUGGAGGCCAUGGAUGCAUCUGUAAUGGACGAAUGAUGAUGAUGGUGGUGACUGUCGUGUAAGUGGUGGUGAUGGCGGCGAGGCUUAUCUACGUGGCUGUUUUGGGGUUAUCAGAUAACACAUGUAUGUGCCUAGAUAAUAGAAACGAAACAAAAACGC